GUUCAGCUGCCUCACUCCGAAAUGGGGCUGUUGACCGACUUUCGUAAACACAUGCCUGCCUCCAUCACCAACUUUAUUGAUAAACCCAUCUCCUCUACCGGCGGCAUCAUAAACCCCAUCGUCGAGACUCGCGUGCCUUCCGCAUGCGCGCAACAGCGCCGUGAUCGCGCCGACGCCAACCCCAAAAAAAACAAGGCGUCGAAGCGACGAUUCUCUUCUUCGUACUUUUGCCCGCCCUCCCUCUUUCCCGCCGCCCUCCUCUCCUCUCUCUCGCACGACCAUGUCCGACGACCCCGAAUCAUCCGCUCCCCUGCUGCACCCCACGUCGUACCCUCACCCUCGCCCGCACAGCGGCGGCGCCCGUCACCAGCACCAGCACCAGCAUCAGCACCACCGCCACGCGCCGCCGCCGCCUCCGCCGCGCGACCACGACGACAAUGCCGAUCACGACGGCGGCGGCGGCGAGGAGGAGGCCGGGACGGGCGCGCAGCAGGGCGCGGGUCUUGAGUCCGGCGGCGGCGGCGGCGGCGGCGAUGUUGUGCUCGCGCGCUGGCGUCGCGCCGGGCGCCGCCUCCUCGACUCCCGCAGGAAGCACUUCCUCGUCAUGGCCGUCGUGACGCUCGACGUCGCCGCCCUCCUCGCAAACGUCUUCAUCCAACUCAUCGCCUGCGAGAUGCACCAGCGCCGCGAGCCCUGGGUCCUCGCCGUCACCGACGCCCUCGAGACCGUCGGCCUCGCCUUCAGCUCCCUCUUCAUGCUCGAGCUCGCCGCCUGCCUCUUUUCCUUUGGCUUCAGGUUAGCGCUCGACCAAGCUUUUGACUCUUCCUCAUCCUCCUCCCCCUCCUCCUCUUAUUUCCUACUACGCCCGCUCUCUCUCCCUCCCUCUCUGCCUCCCACUGCGCGUAGUACUCUGCAUUGUCAACAAGCCAUCAUGCUUGUACGGCCGCCGUUACUAACACGAGAGCAACACCUCUUUACAAAAACACACAGCUACCUCCGCUCCUGGUUCCACAUCUUCGACUCGACAGUCAUCCUCCUCAGCUUCGCCAUCGACGUCAGCUCCCGCGGCCUCGCCGAGAGCAUCGGCUCGCUCGUCGUCGUCUUGCGCCUGUGGCGCCUCGCCAAGAUCUCCGAGGAGGUCGUCAUGGGCGCCACCGAGCGCAUGGAGCUGCUGGAGGAGCACAUCGACGACCUCGAGAGCGAGAACAAGCAUCUCAGGGACCUGCUCGUCCAUGCCUCGCACCCAAACGACUGAACAAAGACAAAAAGGCAAAAAAGAAAAAGAAAUUGUUCCUGUACAUUAUCAAGGCGGACCGGCCGUGUUCUGAUAUUUAGCGUUCCACCGUUUCCCGCGUCAUCGUGGCGUGGUCCUGUCAAUGACUAGUUCUUACGAAAGUACAAC